AAAAGAUUAGAUGUUCGAAGCCAAGUUUGAAGAUGGUGUCUUAUUUAAAAAGAUUGUUGAAGCAAUUAAGGAAUUGGUAAAAAAUGUAAAUCUUGAAGCCAACGGAACAGGAAUUUCAUUAUAAGUAUAAUUAUGAUUGAUUUCAAUUUAAGGCUAUGGAUACCUCUCAUGUUGCUUUGGUUGCAUUAUAAUUGAAUGAGAAGGGAUUCAAAAAAUACAGAUGUGAGAAAUCACUCACUAUGGGUUUGAGUAUUGAGAAUUUAUAAAAAAUUUUGAAGUGUUCUGGAAAUGAUGACUAGAUUACUCUUAGAACUCAAGAGGAAGAACCAACAACAUUAUCAUUCACUUUCGAAUCGAAAAGUAAGUUUUUAAUAAAUAUGAAAUUAGACCGAAUAAGUGAGUUCCAAUUGAAUUUGAUGUCUUUGGAUCAAGAACAAUUAGGUGUUCCAGACACCGAUUAUUCUUCAGUAAUCAAAAUGCCAUCGAAUGAAUUCACAAAAAUCUGCAGAGAGUUAGGCAACAUAAAUGAGGCAAUUGGUAUUGAAACAUCUAAAGAUGGAAUCAAGUUUUAUGUGAAAGGAGACAUUGGAGAGGGACAAGUGUCAGUGAAAUCUAAUGAUGGAGAAAAGAAAGAGGAGAGAGUAGAAUGCGAUGUUGAUGAACCUGUGAAUCUGAGUUUUGCUGUUAGGUAUACAAUACAAUUCUAUGUCUUAAUAGAUACUUCAAUUUGUUUAAUAAGGCAUCUGCAUUGUCACCUUAAGUUAUAUUGUCUAUGUCUCAAGAUUAACCAUUAGUGAUUGAAUAUUAAAUUGAAAAUAUGGGAUCAUUAAAAUUGUAUUUAGCUCCAAAAAUAAAUGAUGAUGAAUAAUAAUGA